GCUUCGCCAACUAGAUGUCAUUCAAUCAUUUCCUGGUUCCAAUUAAGCAGUCGUCUGUGCGUCUACAGAAUAACGACAACAUUCCUGUUUGGGAGUACCAGUUUGGACCAGCUGGCUAGUCUGACAAGCAGCUCGGUUAAAGGUUUGUUUUGUGUUAUGGCAGAUGACAGGACUGCUGCCGGGGAGCGAGCCUAGGUGAUGCAUCAUCAUCAAAUGCAGCCAAAUCCCAAAUCUGGCUGGCCCUCGACUUACAACUCGGAAAAUAAUAACGUGAACUGGAACGGCACUAUGGAUGCUCCCCAGUACCCUGGAUACCCCUCAAACUAUUGGUAUCCCCAGUCUCAUUCCACAGGACACUAUGCAAGUACCUAUCCCUCUGGAUCAGACGUGCAGCCACCUUACAAUCCUCAGGCAAUGCCUGGAGCAUAUCCAAAUGGCCAUGGUGUUUACAGCCCAGGGCAGGGUCAGUAUUCAACAAGUAACUUCCACCCAUCCAACCCAUUCUACUGCCCGGACCCUCAGAGACCGGCUCCAUGUUCCUACCCCAGCCAAGGCUGCCCAGCAGAGCAGAGCAGUGGGGGCUCGGGACAGCCGCACUCUCACCACCAACACCAACACCAUCAGUAUCCUGGCCCACACUGUCAAGGGACACCUGGAUAUCCUCCUGCGUCGUACCCUCACUACAGUGAAGGUGGUCAUGCAAUGCCUCCCAACCCCCCAUACCCCACCGGCCAGUCUCUCCACCCCAGACCCCAGGCUGACGCGUGGGCACACUCUGGUGGGUAUCCGUCCUCACAGCAGCAGUGGCAGCCGGGUCAGCAGCCUCCCCAAAAUCACUAUGGAAAUCCUGUCCGUCCCCAGCAUCCCCCAGCGUGGCCAGGGACAGGAACUGGUGCUCCGCCACCGUAUCAACCCAAGGACCAACAGCACCAACGUGCCCCACAGGUGGGACCAAAACCUAGGCCUGCUCCAUCCCCUAAUCCCCCCAAUGGAAAGCCUGCAGAUUUCAGUUCACCUCCACACAUGUACAACAGAACAGGGAAAGGUGGGCCAACGGAGCAUAAUUCUCAGGGUGAGCCCCCACCCUUCGCUCAGGCCCCGGCCCAAGCUCCAGCUCCUGCUCCAGCUCCAGCUCCAGGCCAGACCCAGGGCCUGGCUGGGCCUCAGACCUUCAGUGAUAACCCAGGUCUAGCUAAAGUCCAGCAGGUCAUGACCAGAGUGCUGUUGCUCCAGGAGGACGUUGAUGAGUUUGUGGGCAAAAAAACAGACAAGAGUUACCGGUGUCUGGAGGAAUUACUGACGAAAGAGCUGCUGGAACUGGACUCUGUGGAGACCCAGGGACAGGACAACGUCAGGCAGGCCCGGAAGGAGGCCGUUCAGAGGAUCCAGGCCAUUCUGGAUCAGCUGGAGAAGAAAGCCUUCUGAAGUGGGCUUAUUGUUUGGUUCUGGGGGUCACUGAAUCUUGUUAUCUCCUUUUCUUCUUCAAAUCCUCUACUGACACAGUGAGGAUUUGGACUUGUUCCUCGGAGCCGCACUAUUCUAAACUUCUUUCCACCACCGUGAUCUGAAAGGCCUGCAGUAAAUGGCAAGGAUCUAAGAAUAAGGUGAAAAAAAUAAUACGGAAUCACAACUUUAAAAGCCCCUACAUGCUGGUAUGAGACUCUAGAGUUGAUGUAUGGAUAAAAUCUGCAAACUGAUGGUUGUACACGUCUUAUCCAACUUCAGCCUCAGUGAGUGACUGUGUUGGCUUCAUAACCUGACACGCCUUGCUCAGCUCAUCUUUUAUGCCAUGCUUAUGCCGGCAUAACACGGGACAGAGUGACGGGAACAUGAAUUAUGUUGUACCACAUUGCCACUCUUAGUGGUCUCUAACCUGUGAUACAGAUUCAGAUGAUCUGCUUUGGUUUCAGUGGGAUCAAACAUGCAUUCACUGAGCUAUGUGUUAUUACAUGUCACAGCCCAUUGCACGGUCAGCAUAGUGUUCAUUAUGUCAUUUCCUCCAAAUAAUCCUCACCCACCUGCCAGAGUCAAAAACACAUGAUGGACAGUAGUCACUCAGUAAUCCAGUCCUGCAGGAAUAGGUGCAAUGCUUUUCUUUUCAAAUGUAUUCCUACUCCUGCAUGUUCUGUAAUAAUAUUAUAGACAACCACUGUUGAAUUGUCUUGACACCUCAGUGCCCACGUGUGAGCCUGGACUGUAGCUGAUGAGUGAAAACCCCCUGAAGAUUGCUGUCCCCAUUACUCCAUCUUGCAGUGGAAAUUGCUUCCCAAGUGCAGACCUAGAAUCAGACCUACAUACAAAUGCCAUGUUUUUCACUGUUGGAAUUGGUGUUAUCACUCAUACAUAAGAUGUAUGUUUCAUGUUUGAUAAUUACUUUAAACACCCCCACACAUACACUCUUUUGAGCACUUAGAACGUAUAUGAGUAGUAGGAAACAAACAAUUUUAAAGUUGUGUUCAUUGCUUGUUCAAUCCAUUGCUCCCACUGAAGGAUAAAUGAAAAGAUGUAAUAUAAAGUUGUAAAGGAACUUUGAUACACGAGGGCAACUUGUCAUGGUAUUUGGAUUAGAUAUCCGUGGGAGUCAGAUCCUCCCAAAGAAUAAUCCUGAUGUCCCUGUAUUAAAUUUAGUUUGCACCAAAAACACUUCAGGCUUCUGUUGAGCGGUCCUUUUUUCCCUCCAACUUAUGCUUGUUAUGUUGAUUUAGAAAAGAAGAGUGCCAUAUUUUGGGGGAAGCUUUUAUAAUGAUAGAAAAAUAAUAAAAUUAAAGAUCUCAAACUUUGCAUGGAAAGAAAAACAUCUGUCUGUUUGUUCAUUUUCAUGUAGUUAUUUGUUUUUUGUUAUGUGUUUUGAUCAAGAUCCAUUGUACAAUUUGUAAUAUAAAGUAUAUGUAAAACAAAUCUUUUAUUUCAAGAACAGGAUCCUGCCUAUAGGUGUUUCAGAUGUAAUGCAUGUUUCCAACACAAGAUGGGAAUCCUUGCCUGACAAAUACUGAAAUUACCACUAGACUGACAGACAACUGAGAAAUAAUUAAAUGUCAGGAUAUUUUUUACCAUGUGGUCAAGUUAAUUUAUGCUCUAUUUGAUAUCACCUUUCUAUGCAGUCCAAUUAAAACAGGAAUUAAAUAUUU